GUUCAACAUGCUUUCCAGCGUUGCUCCCCGUCGUAUUUCUGCUAUCACUUUCGGUGCUAAGCGCUUCACCAGUAGCUUCAAGGAGGGGUCUACUGCGUCGAGCAAGGAGUUCGGUAAGAAGGAGAAGGCUCAUGAAGACCAGUACAUCCACCAGCACGAAGCUGAGAAGCUCAAGAAGUUGAGGGCAGAGUUCGAAGCCAAGAAGGCUGAGCUCGAGGCGCAAGAGAAGAAGGUCUCUGAAAAGAAGUAAACUGUACGGCUUUGUCCUCGUCAUCUCUUCUUCUUUCGUGCUGAAAGGUCUGCAGCAGAUUCUAUCAUGUAUUGUCCCUUGCAAUAAACUUUCGCAUAUCUGCAAACACUCAUCCUCUGGUGUAUCACCGGCCCUUGAGCGGUUUCGACGUCUCAUCCAUAUCAAUGACAAGACGAGGCAAUACGACAGUCGACAUCCGCCGCCGCUCACAUUAAGUCAACCACGGGAUGGCCAAAGCUCCUCCUCGACACUCUUGCCUGAGCCCAUGCGAGAGGGCUGUUAACAUUGGGCUGGCGUCGCCGUCCAUUAACACCAUUCCAGCGGCUCUCAUUUCUUACACGAUAUAUACCGCGGAGUAGUUGUGGGCCUUGUUGGCCCUUGAGCGGGCUUGUUUGCGCAAAGAAAGAACACGCUGGCACUAAUAUCUGAUAAUUAUCUCGUCGGC